CCCUAGGCCGGUGGCCCGAGGGCGACAGGGGGAGGCGCUCGGAGGCAGCGGCUGGAACCAAGCAGCGCACUGGAGCGCCCCGCAGCCUGGUGCCGGGCCCCCCAUCAGACCCUGCCGUGCAGUACCGGGACACGUGGCCAUCAGGAACCAUGAGCAACCCAUUUGCACACCUUGCUGAGCCUCUGGAUCCUGCACAACCAGGAAAGAAAUUCUUUAAUUUGAAUAAAUUGGAAGAUUCAAGAUAUGGACGCUUACCUUUUUCUAUCAGAGUUCUCCUGGAGGCAGCCAUUAGGAACUGUGAUCAAUUUUUGGUGAAGAAAGAUGACGUGGAAAAUAUCCUGAAUUGGAAUGUGUUGCAGCAUGAGAACAUAGAAGUACCGUUUAAGCCUGCCCGAGUCAUCCUGCAGGACUUUACCGGUGUGCCAGCUGUGGUUGACUUUGCUGCCAUGCGUGAUGCUGUGAAAAAGUUAGGAGGAAAUCCAGAGAAAAUAAACCCUGUCUGUCCCGCUGACCUCGUCAUUGAUCAUUCUAUCCAGGUUGAUUUCAACAGAAGGGCAGACAGUUUACAGAAGAAUCAAGACCUGGAAUUUGAAAGAAAUAGAGAACGAUUUGAAUUUUUAAAGUGGGGCUCUCAGGCUUUUCGCAACAUGCGGAUUAUUCCUCCUGGCUCGGGAAUCAUCCACCAGGUGAAUCUGGAGUAUUUGGCAAGAGUGGUGUUUGAUCAGGAUGGAUAUUAUUACCCGGACAGCCUUGUGGGCACAGAUUCACACACUACCAUGAUUGAUGGUUUGGGUAUUCUCGGUUGGGGUGUGGGUGGUAUCGAAGCAGAAGCUGUCAUGCUGGGCCAGCCAAUCAGCAUGGUGCUUCCUCAGGUGAUUGGCUACAAGCUGAUGGGAAGUCCCCACCCCCUGGUAACAUCCACUGACAUCGUGCUCACCAUCACCAAGCACCUCCGCCAAGUUGGGGUUGUGGGCAAGUUUGUUGAGUUCUUCGGGCCAGGUGUAGCCCAGCUAUCCAUUGCUGACCGAGCCACCAUUGCCAACAUGUGUCCAGAGUAUGGAGCAACCGCUGCCUUCUUCCCAGUUGAUGAAGUCAGUAUCAAGUACCUGGUGCAGACAGGUCGUGAUGAAGAUAAAGUAAAGCAUAUUAAAAAGUAUCUUCAGGCUGUGGGAAUGUUUCGGGAUUUCAGUGACUCCUCUCAAGACCCAGACUUUGCCCAGGUUGUAGAAUUAGACCUGAAAACAGUAGUGCCUUGCUGCAGUGGACCCAAAAGACCUCAGGACAAAGUUGCCGUGUCUGACAUGAAAAAGGACUUUGAGAGCUGCCUUGGAGCCAAGCAAGGAUUUAAAGGAUUCCAGAUUGCUCCAGACCGUCACAACGAUCACAAGACAUUUAUCUAUGAUAACAGUGAGUUCACCCUUGCUCAUGGUUCUGUGGUAAUUGCUGCCAUUACGAGCUGCACAAAUACCAGUAAUCCGUCUGUGAUGUUAGGAGCCGGCUUGUUAGCAAAGAAAGCUGUGGAUGCUGGCCUGAAUGUGAAGCCUUACAUCAAAACCAGCCUGUCUCCUGGAAGUGGUGUGGUUACCUACUACCUGCGAGAAAGUGGAGUCAUGCCUUACCUGUCUCAGCUUGGGUUCGAUGUGGUGGGCUAUGGCUGCAUGACCUGCAUCGGCAACAGUGGGCCCUUACCCGAAGCUGUGGUAGAAGCCAUUACGCAGGGGGACCUUGUCGCAGUCGGAGUGCUUUCUGGGAACAGGAAUUUUGAAGGGCGAGUCCACCCCAAUACCCGGGCCAACUAUUUGGCUUCACCGCCCUUGGUCAUAGCUUAUGCAAUUGCUGGGACCAUCCGGAUCGACUUUGAGAAAGAGCCCCUGGGCAUGAAUGCAAAGGGACAACAGGUAUUUCUGAAAGAUAUCUGGCCAACCAGAGACGAGAUCCAGGCGGUGGAACGCCAGUACGUCAUCCCCGGGAUGUUUAAGGAGGUCUACCAGAAAAUAGAGACUGUGAAUGAGAGCUGGAAUGCCUUAGAAGCCCCAUCAGAUACACUGUAUAGCUGGAAUCCCAAAUCUACCUACAUUAAGUCACCGCCUUUCUUUGAAGACCUGACUUUGGAUCUCCAGCCCCCUAAAUCUAUAGUGGAUGCUUAUGUGCUGUUAAAUUUGGGGGAUUCAGUAACAACAGACCACAUCUCUCCAGCUGGAAAUAUUGCAAGAAACAGCCCUGCUGCCCGCUACUUAACCAACAGAGGCCUGACUCCACGAGACUUCAACUCCUACGGCUCCCGCCGAGGGAACGACGCCAUCAUGGCGCGAGGGACAUUUGCCAACAUCCGCUUACUAAACAAGUUCUUGAACAAGCAGGCACCACAGACCAUCCAUCUGCCUUCUGGAGAAGUGCUUGACGUGUUCGAUGCCGCUGAGCGGUACCAGCAGGCGGGCCUUCCCCUGAUCAUUCUGGCCGGCAAGGAGUAUGGCUCUGGCAGCUCCCGAGACUGGGCAGCCAAGGGCCCCUUCCUGUUGGGAAUCAAGGCUGUCCUGGCUGAGAGUUACGAGCGCAUUCACCGAAGUAACUUGGUGGGAAUGGGGGUGAUCCCCCUCGAGUACCUCCCUGGGGAGAAUGCAGACACCCUGGGACUCACAGGGCGGGAACGAUACACUAUCAGCAUUCCAGAAACCCUCAAACCACAAAUGAAAGUCCAGGUCAAGCUCGAUACGGGGAAGACCUUCCAGGCUGUCAUGAGGUUUGACACCGACGUGGAGCUCACUUAUUUCCACAACGGGGGCAUCCUCAACUACAUGAUCCGCAAGAUGGCCAAGUAGGCCCUGGUUUCCUCGGAGACUGGCAUUCCUGCCACAGUGGCGCAGAGCCUGAAGCCCACGGACCCCCUGCGGCACCGCAGCAGCCCCUCCCUUUGCCUAACCACGCCCUCAUCCCGCCCACUCCUCCCUCGCCCCGCCCCUCUCCUCCCUGCCCUGGGCGCCCUGGAGUUCAGGCCAGGUUCUCUGCCCACAAAAUCAGCAGUUUCUACUUUCUCUAUUUUUAUUGAUCUUUUUAUCUUUUUCUAGAAUUUGGAAGCUUAGAAUGAUGGGGUUGUGAAUAGUGCCAGAAAGGGAGAGCUGAGCUCUCUUCAGUAUUACUGAUCCACAGAAUAUUGAUUUUUCACUCUUAGCCUCUUAGUGUUCAGCUGCGCGCAUAUACUUCUCCGGCCCCUUUUUUGGCUCCUCUCUGUUACCCUCUGCUUAGUGAAACCUUUGCCCUGAGAGUCCUUCACCCCUGCACCCUGCACCAGAGUUAACUGACAGGGUAGUGAGGAGCUCUUGCAUUCAAAUCCUAGGUGUGAUCGUUUCUCCCCAACCCCCCUUUUCCUCCAGAGUGAAUGAUCCAGACGUGGUCAGAAUUUGGAACUUUUGGAUUUAUGUACCUUUUGAUAGAUCAGCACUGAAGAAAUAUGAAGGUUUCCUUUUCAGUCUUCAAAAAUGUUUUCCUAUAAAUUUUUUCAUUUAUCGAGACGAGAACAUUGUUUGAAGGGGGUUUUGGAGAGAGAAGCAGAACAUUUCUAAUUUGAAUAAGAUUAAAUCUAUUUUCAAGGAAAA